GGAAGCAAACGGCUGCGGCGACUGGGCAGAAAAAGGACGAAAGGAAGAGGGAAGUAGCAAGGGAAGAAGAAAAAUGAAGCCAGCGCUGGGGGAGCCCGCGAGGGGAUGGCCGGCCCCGGAGCAAGACGGCUUUGGCCUCUUUUCCGCACCCCGGGCGUGAACGCCUUCUCCUGCGCGACCCCAAGGAAAUAAGUGGGUCUUGCCUGGGUGGAAAAGGAUGCGAAAAGACUCCAAGUGAGCGUGUUGCCUCGUCGGUCACCGUUGCCCGCUAGGAACUCCGGCUGCUUCUCAGCCUAGUCUCCUCGCGGGAUCCGACGCAGUGCCCGAACUGCCCUGCAGAUGGGGUGGGCAGGGAACGGGCGCCCCAGCAGCGGGUGAGCGGCGCCGGCCCGCCCGCCUGCCCGGCUCCGCGCAGGGACCGGGCGGGCAGAGGAUGCGUGGCGCCGGGACCCGGGAGCGGGGUCUGAGACUGCCGAGGGCACGCUAGGCUCCCAUUUGGAUGGCCCAGAGACCGCUACAGCUCCUGGGACCGCUUCACCUCGUCUAGUGAGCUGUACGUCCGACCUGGGGGCGGAGACCUUAGGCGGCGGCUGCAGCGGGGCGAGCCAGGAGCUGGAGGGGGCGCGCUUUCUCCCUGCGGGUCUCAGUAAUGAGGAGACUGAGUUUGUGGUGGCUGCUGAGCAGGGUCUGUCUGCUGCUGCCGCCGCCCUGCGCACUGGUGCUGGCCGGGGUGCCGGGCUCCUCCUCGCACCCGCAGCCCUGCCAGAUCCUCAAGCGCAUCGGGCACGCGGUGAGGGUGGGCGCGGUGCACUUGCAGCCCUGGACCACGGCCCCCCGCGCGUCCAGCCGCACUCCGGACGGCAGCCGGGCGGGCGCCCAGCGGGAUGAGCCCGAGCCAGGGAUUUGGCGGCCCCCGGUGCCCUCGCCCGGCGCUCGCUGGUUGGGGAGCGCCUUGCAUGGCCGGGGGCCGCCCGGCGCCCGGAAGCCCGGGGAGGGCGCCGGGGCCGAGACCCUGUGGCCUCGGGACGCCCUCCUCUUCGCCGUGGACAACCUGAACCGCGUGGAAGGGCUGCUGCCCUACAACCUGUCUUUGGAAGUAGUGAUGGCCAUCGAGGCGGGCCUGGGCGAUCUGCCGCUCUUGCCCUUCUCCUCCCCUAGCUCGCCGUGGAGGAGUGACCCUUUCUCCUUUCUGCAGAGCGUGUGCCACACCGUGGUGGUGCAAGGGGUAUCAGCGCUGCUCGCCUUCCCCCAGAGCCAGGGCGAGAUGAUGGAGCUCGACUUGGUCAGCUCCGUCCUGCACAUUCCAGUCAUCAGCAUCGUGCGCCACGAGUUUCCGCGGGAGAGUCAGAAUCCCCUUCACCUACAACUGAGUUUAGAAAAUUCCUUAAGUUCUGAUGCUGAUGUCACUGUCUCAAUCCUGACCAUGAACAACUGGUACAAUUUUAGCUUGUUGCUCUGCCAGGAAGACUGGAACAUCACCGACUUCCUCUUCCUUACCCAGAAUAAUUCCAAGUUCCACCUCGGGUCUGUCAUCAACAUCACCGCCAACCUCUCCUCCCCGGAGGAUCUCUUAAGUUUCCUGCAGGUGCAGCUUGAGGGCAUUAAGAACAGCACACCCACAAUGGUGAUGUUUGGCUGCGACAUGGAAAGUAUCCGGCGGAUUUUCGAAAUGGCCACCCAGUUUGGGGUAAUGCCCCCUGAGCUGCACUGGGUGCUGGGGGAUUCCCAGAACGUCCAGGAACUGAGGACAGAAGGUCUGCCCUUGGGGCUCAUUGCUCAUGGGAAAACAACACAGUCAGUCUUUGAGUACUAUGUACAAGAUGCCAUGGAACUGGUUGCAAGAGCUGUAGCCACAGCCACCAUGAUCCAGCCAGAACUUGCGCUCAUUCCGAGCACAAUGAACUGCAUGGAUGUGGACACUGCAAAUCUCACUUCAGGACAAUAUCUGUCAAGGUUUCUAGCCAAUACCACUUUCAGAGGCCUCAGUGGUUCCAUCAGAGUAAAAGGUUCCUCUAUCAUCAGCUCAGAAAACAACUUUUUCAUCUGGAAUCUGCAACACGACCCCAUUGGAAAGCCAAUGUGGACCCGCUUGGGCAGCUGGCAGGGGGGAAAGUUUGUCAUGGACUAUGGAAUAUGGCCAGAGCGAGCCCAGAGGCACAAAACUCACUUUCAACACCCAAGUAAGCUGCACUUGAGAGUCGUUACCCUGAUCGAGCAUCCAUUUGUCUUCACACGGGCGGUAGAUGAUGAAGGCUUGUGCCCUGCUGGCCAGCUCUGCCUAGACCCCAUGACGAAUGACUCUUCCGUAUUGGACAGCCUUUUUAGUAGCCUCCAUAGCGGUAAUGAUACAGUGCCAAUUAAACUCAAGAAGUGCUGCUAUGGAUAUUGCAUUGAUCUGCUGGAAAAGCUAGCAGAAGACAUGAACUUUGACUUUGACCUCUAUAUUGUUGGGGAUGGAAAGUAUGGAGCCUGGAAAAAUGGGCACUGGACUGGACUAGUGGGUGAUCUCCUGAGUGGGUCAGCCCACAUGGCAGUCACUUCCUUCAGCAUCAAUACCGCACGAAGCCAAGUGAUAGAUUUCACCAGUCCUUUCUUCUCCACCAGCUUAGGCAUUUUAGUGAGGACCCGAGACACAUCAGCCCCCAUUGGAGCCUUCAUGUGGCCCCUCCACUGGACGUUGUGGCUGGGGAUUUUUGUGGCUCUGCACAUCACUGCCAUCUUCCUCACGCUGUAUGAGUGGAAGAGCCCCUUUGGCAUGACUCCCAAGGGGCGGAAUAGAAGUAAAGUCUUCUCCUUCUCUUCAGCCUUGAAUGUCUGUUAUGCCCUCUUGUUUGGUAGAACAGCAGCCAUCAAACCCCCAAAGUGCUGGACUGGAAGGUUUCUAAUGAACCUUUGGGCCAUUUUCUGUAUGUUUUGCCUUUCUACAUACACGGCAAACUUGGCUGCUGUCAUGGUAGGUGAGAAGAUCUACGAAGAGCUUUCUGGAAUACAUGACCCUAAGCUCCAUCAUCCCUCCCAAGGCUUCCGCUUCGGAACUGUCCGGGAAAGCAGUGCUGAAGACUACGUGAGGCAAAGCUUCCCAGAGAUGCAUGAGUAUAUGAGAAGAUACAAUGUACCAGCCACCCCCACUGGAGUGGAGUAUCUGAAGAAUGAUCCAGAGAAACUAGACGCCUUCAUCAUGGACAAAGCCCUUCUGGAUUAUGAAGUGUCAAUAGAUGCUGACUGCAAACUUCUUACUGUGGGGAAGCCAUUUGCCAUAGAAGGAUACGGCAUUGGUCUCCCACCCAACUCUCCACUGACCUCCAAUAUAUCCGAGCUGAUCAGUCAAUACAAGUCACAUGGGUUUAUGGAUGUGCUGCAUGACAAGUGGUACAAAGUGGUUCCCUGUGGCAAGAGAAGUUUUGCUGUCACUGAGACUCUGCAAAUGGGCAUCAAACACUUCUCUGGACUCUUCAUGCUGCUGUGCGUCGGGUUGGGUCUGUCCAUCUUGACAACCAUUGGUGAGCACAUAGUGUACAGGUUGCUGCUACCACGGAUCAAGAACAAGUCUAGGCUGCAAUACUGGCUCCACACCAGUCAGAGAUUACAUAGAGCACUAAACACAUCAUUUGUAGAGGAAAAGCAGCCCCGUUUCAAGACUAAACGUGUGGAAAAGAGGUCCAAUGUGGGACCCUGUCAGCUCUCCGUGUGGAAUACUUCCAAUCUGAGUCAUGACAACCGACGAAAAUACAUCUUUAGUGAUGAGGGAGCACAAAACCAGCUGGGCCUCGGGACCCACCAGGACAUCCCGCUCCCUCCAAGGAGAAGAGAGCUCCCUGCUUCGCUGGCCACCAACGGGAAAGCAGACUCCCUAAACACAGCUCGGAACUCAGUGAUGCAGGAGCUCUCGGAGCUGGAGAAGCAGAUUCAGGUGAUCCGGCAGGAGCUGCAGCUGGCGGUGAGCAGGAAAACGGAGCUGGAAGAGUAUCAAAGGACGCACCGGACUUGUGAGUCCUAGGCGACCACGUGCUCCCAUCUCAGUUCCUGGCCUUCCUCUGA